UUCAACUUUGUGCCGCUCGAGCGUGCGUAUACAGUUCCCUCUCAUCAGUAUCAGUAUCAGUAACAGAAACAGUAACAGUAAUACCAGCAUCAGUUCCUUCGCGAGUACCUUUAAAAGAGAUACAAAUCGAUAUAUUCCAACUUGUACACAAAAGACACACGAAAGUCGCCCGAUCAGUCAGCUAAGGCAAUCGGUUUUCAGCCACUUCUCGACUUUCCCGAACACGCGUAACUCCAGUGCAUCCGAUUGGGUGUUUGCCUUAAAGUGCGCCAUAAACUAAAAGCCCAACCUAAGAGUCGGCGGAGAGCGAAAACUAAAUAACGCCCACCGCAACGCCACCUACUGGUCACCCGUGAAAAAAAGGGGAGGAGAGGUGAAAUCUCGGAGCAGCGAUACGGGCCGAAAAAGAUAAAGCUAGAGGAAGGAGGAAGAGGAAGCGACGUUGCCGCUUUUCACCGACCAAUCAGCCAAAAAGGCAGCAAUUAAGCGGGCCGUUAUCUGGCUAGAUAGCGAUUAGAGGUGGAAAUAAACCCCAUUGAGUGGAAAACCCCCCGAGGAGCCAAAGAGCGCCAUUGAGAGGGCCGCGAAGCGGGAGUGGAGCCAACAGCAAUACCCAUUUGCCGAGAGCGGGAGCACCCAGUUGGGAGAGCCCCGAGCAGUAUCGAACGCCGUACGUGGAGCAGCACCCCACUCAAGCACUCAACAGCACCUCAGCACCGCGGAGCAGAAGUACACAUAUCGCCUGUCAAAAUGUUUGCUGUAAUGCGAAUCGACAACGAUGACUGCCGGUCCGAUUUCCGCCGCAAGAUGCGUCCGAAGUGCGAGUUCAUUUGCAAGUACUGCCAGCGGCGAUUCACCAAGCCGUACAACCUGAUGAUCCACGAGCGCACCCACAAGUCCCCCGAGAUCACCUAUUCGUGCGAGGUGUGCGGCAAGUACUUCAAGCAGCGGGACAACCUCCGCCAGCACAGAUGUAGUCAGUGUGUUUGGCGAUAAGCUAAAAUACUAUAUAAACAUAUAUAUAGAUAUAUAUAAAACCACACACAGAGCAAUAUAUAAAGUAAAACCGAUAUCUAAGCACAGCAGCACCAACAACAGCACGCAAUAUCACAGCUAUAUCUUACGCACACUUAACGAUUGAAUGGGAUCUGAUGAGGCAACUGCAACUGCAACACACCCCGCCCACUUCUCCAUGCACCACUCUCUAAACAUAUAUGCCUGCCACUGCCACUGCAAGUGCAACUGCAACAGCAACGGCGGCAACUGCUUAACUACUAGAUGCAAUCUACAGCCACGACAGCGAUCAUAGUGAACGGAAUGCUAAGUUCAGGUGUUGGUUUUCAAUCUUUUCGGUUAUCUGGUCUAUACAAUGCACUUGCCACGCCCCCAUCAACAACAGCGGGCAAUCAAAAGCUAUCCAAAUGUUGCGCAGGCGCAGCACAACAGCAACAGUUGCAACACUUGCAACACUUGCAACCGACAUUGCAACAGCAGCCACAAUAUUUUCAAUAAUACUUGCAGAAAUCUACACAUGGACACUUGUGGGCGUGGCUGCUUCGGGAAGUGAUGAAGGAGCAACCCUAAAGCAACUGGCAACUUGCAACAUCUAAUAGCAGAGAGCUUGCAACAUCCUAAAAGCAGUUUUUAGAUGCUUUUUAGCUGAAAACCCUUCUACCUGCAACUUUUACUUUAACCUCUGAACAUUAGAGCACAUCUGUCCUUGCAACAUGCAACACCUAGCAGACAUCUCUCCAGCAUUCCCGCCGACAACAGCAGACAAACAACAGCAAUCCCAGCAGACUUCUGCAACAGACCUAACAACAACACAUGGAACAUGUUGCUGCUGGCUCUCCCGCAUGUGUUGCUCGUGUUGCCGGCGAAAGUGCAAUUAAGCCAAAGCUUUUUGCGCUUUUCAAAAGGCAGGCAACAGCAGCAACACACAGGGCAGCUCACCAGCAACGUGCAACAGCAACAGCAACAGCCUACACCAGCAACUUGCGACAACAAUCAGCUGCAAUCAUCUUGCCUUAAACAUAUUUUACACACACAGAUACACACCCACACCCACUCUCGCUAUAUUUUACGAGUAAUAAAAAUUAAUUACAAUUUAAUAAUAAUAUUAAAAACGCAAGAAAUCAAACGAGAAACCCCCGCACCUUCAUCUUAAGUAUUUGUAUUUUAAAAUCGAAAGAAUAAACACGUUGAAAAUGUAUUACAUAAAAUUAAUCAUAAUUAAUAAUAAUAAUAAACACAAUUAUUAAAUAAAUAUUUACGGUAUGCGAUUGUUUUG